ACGCCCCUUCUUCACCCAUUGCGCGCGCCAAGCCAUGCCACCUGGGCGAGCGCUGCCCGGCUCCCUCUUCUCCCUUCCCCCCCGCCUCGCUCCUUCCCUGCCGCUUGCUGCAGUGUUGGGGGGAGGGCAGAUCUGGAGCAAGAUGGCGUUGCUGUGGCUGCUGCUUCUCCCAGGGUCAGCACUGGAACAGCUCCUUCCUUUGCAUUCCCACUAGCACCGGCAGCUGCCCUGGUGUUCUGCCGACGCUCUGCAGCUUCCUCUCCUGCCCCGGCGUUAUCGCUGCAGCCAGUGAUCUCUUCCUCCCCACCUCCUCGGCGCUCCAGCUUUCUCUUGUUUUGGUGCAAAGCUUUCCCCCCUGUGUGGCAGCCGGAGAGGGGGGGUGGGGUGGAGAGUGCGCGACUACAUCUCCUCUCACUCCUUUUGCAAGGCACUCGCUAGGCUGUAUCCAUUCUUUGGAGGACGGCACCAACCCAGGUGCAAUUUUAUUUUGCUUUUGCAGGCAAGCGUCUCUUAGCAGCUGUUUUGGCUUGAUUUUGCAUUUUGCAACGCCGAACGCCGGGGCCGUUGCGAUUAAAAACAACAGCCUCAAAUUAAAAAGAAAACAAAUAUAUAUAUAUAUAAGCAACUCGCUUAUGCUACCACUUGCAACUGUGGCCGUUGCAACCCGAACCCCCUUCAUCUUCCCAUGGAGGAUGUAAUCGGCUAAAAAAUACCUGAAGGCGACGCACUGGGAUAAUAACAUGGAGGAAGAGGAGGAGCUGCAGCAUUGAAUUCCCUGGCUGUGCUAUCAAGAGGAAAGGAGAUGGUGAUUUUUUUAAAUGUGGCACCGGCGCAACUUCUGGAGUUGCCAGAGCUUUCAGCCCCCUCCCCUCAUCCCACCGCCUCACCUGCCUAGUGUCUGCCGCUUCUGUCAUUUAUUUUUUUGAUCCACCCCCCCCCUUCUCUCUUCUCUGCACCCCCUACAACCCUCCCCCCCUUCUGCUUUGCCAUGGGAAUGGUGGCAAAUCUCUUGGCUAUUGUCAUGUCGGCUUCAUUUUUCAACCCCAGCUUUGCCUUCAGUUCGCACUUCGACCCCGACGGCACUCCCUUGAGUGAGCUCUCCUGGUCUUCCUCUCUGGUGGUUGUGGCUGUUUCCUUCUCUGGGCUGUUCACAUUCAUCUUCCUCAUGUUGGCCUGUCUGUGCUGCAAGAAGGGGGGCAUUGGCUUCAAGAGCUGGAGAAGCGAAUCCCGGGAGAAGAGGCUGAGGAUGGUUUUGAGGUGUCUGCCCUGCACGGGGGCCAGCACAGUGCCAAAAACAGCCUGUAAUGUAGAACUGGGGAACCCUGGGCAGCCCUCCCCCUGCCCCCUGACCAAGGAAUUUGAUAAUGCCGAGGGAGAAGAGUACGCUAGUGAAUUCUCAGCCCAGGGCUCACCCGCUACCCAGAAUGGCCCAGAAGUUUACAUUCUGCCUCUCACCGAAGUCUCCUUGCCCAUGUCCAGGCAACCUGGGCGCUCAGUGCAGCUGCUCAAAUCCACCGACCUGGGACGCCAUAGCCUGCUGUACCUCAAGGAAAUUGGCCAUGGAUGGUUUGGCAAGGUGUUCCUCGGUGAGGUGAAUGCAGGGCUGAGCAGCACUCAGGUGGUAGUGAAGGAACUCAAAGCCAGUGCCAGCGUUCAAGAUCAGAUGCAGUUCCUGGAAGAGGCCCAGCCUUACAGGGCGCUCCAGCAUACCAAUCUCCUGCAGUGCCUGGCCCAGUGUGCAGAAGUGACGCCCUACCUGCUGGUGAUGGAGUUCUGCCCAUUGGGUGACCUGAAGGGCUACCUGCGGAGCUGCCAUGGGGCCGAGGCACUGGCACCGGACCCUCUCACCUUGCAGCGUAUGGCCUGCGAGGUGUCCUGCGGCCUGAUGCAUCUUCACCGCAACAACUACGUGCACAGUGACCUGGCGCUGCGGAACUGCUUACUCACGGCUGACCUGACAGUCAAAAUCGGCGACUACGGCCUCUCUCACUGCAAAUACAAAGAUGACUACUUUGUGACCGCUGACCAACUGUGGGUACCCCUGCGCUGGGUGGCACCUGAACUCAUCGACGAGGUGCAUGGCAACCUGCUUAUUGUUGACCAGACCAAGACAAGCAAUAUCUGGUCCUUGGGCGUGACCAUCUGGGAGCUCUUUGAACUGGGCAGCCAGCCCUACUGCCACUACUCAGACCGGCAGGUGCUCACCUACGCCAUCAAGGAGCAGCAGCUUAAACUUCCUAAGCCACAGCUCCCACUCUCACUGUCUGACCGCUGGUACGAGGUGAUGCAGUUUUGCUGGCUGCAGCCAGAGCAGCGCCCCACUGCUGAGGAGGUGCACCUCCUGCUCUCGUACCUGUGCGCCAAGGGAGCGUCAGAGGCUGAGGAGGAGUUUGAGCGGCGCUGGAACUCCAUGAAGCCUGGUGGAGGAGGAGGAGGAGGAGGAGGCGGCUCAGGCUCCAGCCAUGUGGGCGUUGAGCUCUCGUCCUUCCCCCUGCUGGAACAUUUCUCCAACGAUGGCGAUGACGUCCUGACUGUCAUGGAGACGAGCCACGGCCUGAACUUUGAGUACAAGUGGGACCAAGGGAAGACUGAGCACCUGCCGGCCUCGGCCAUGAGCCCUCGCGACGCCGCGCGUUACCACGAGCUCUACUAUGCCGCCAGCAGCAGCAGCGGAAGAGGGGACGGCAAGCACCUCAGCCUGGGGGUCUCGCCCUCCUGCUACGAGUGCAAAGUGCAGGGCUGCCCCGGCCUGCACACGCCAGGUGUGGUGCCCGUGCUGAGCGCCCACAGCCCCUCCCUGAACAGCGAGUACUACAUCCGCAUCGAGGAGGCGGCCUCCGAGGGCAGCGGGACGGACCUAGACUACACCAUGUGCUCCUACAGCCCGGAGUUUGGCCGCCCCUCCCACUGGAAAGCCAAGGAGGGCUGCUACGAGUCGAACAGCAGCCCCACCGUCUCGCUCACCAUGGAGCCCCUGCUGGGGCAUUCUGGUGCACAUGGGGACAGUGGCCACUGGGAGCCCCCUGACUACUACUCCUAUGGAGGGCAAGGGGGCAAGGAGGCCUCGCCGUACUAUGAGGCCUCCCUGAAAGACGGCCCCGAGGACUACCUGCUCGAGGAGCAUGGGGCUUCCGAGUGGCCUGUGGCAGCGCCGCAGAAAAGCAUAUUUGCUGACCCGCUUGGUGCUUCGCCCUCGGUGGGCUACGCCUACAAGGAGGAGGCCGCAGUGGCAGACUCGGUCACUCUGGAACUGGGAGAGGAGGAGGAGGAAGAGGAGGAGGAGGAGGAGGAGGAGAACUCGUGUGGCAGCCCAGGGAGCGAAGGGGAUGAGAACAACGGGUCCCCUUCCUCUAGCAAGCACUGGACGUCCAACACCUCCGCCAAUAACAACAGCUGCCACCUGCUGCCGCCGUGUGAGCCACCUGCCAAAGACAGCUGGUGCUACCGCCACAUGAUCACUUUCCAGGGACUCAUGGCAGAGCCGCUGUGUACUGUACCCCAUGAUGGCCCCACGCUAGGCAUCGAGGACCUGCGAGCGGCCCUUCUGGGCGAGGAGCGGGUGGUAUCAUCUCAUACGGGCUCCCCCUGUCUGGACACCGACUUGCUGUUAGAGGAACGAGCGUCAGCCGAGGUUGCCAGCGUAGAGAUCGGCGUAGGCGAAGCCAUGAAUCCCUUGACCGAGAGCGGGGUGGAGUGCCUCCUGGCUGCCACCACUCCACCACCACCAGGGGACACGGAUUCAGUGGCAUCAGUGCUGGAACCCGUCAGCAACACAGACAUAGGGGAUGCCACUGUGCCAGAGGAGGAGGCACCGGGAACUGAGGAAGACCCCAUCGUGGUGGAAGAGGCCUCAGCCGAAUGCUCACCCAAGGUGCCGCGAGAGAUCAACGUGGACAGCGGCAAGAACACCACGACCAGUGAGCAGGACAGGACGCCAGACAAGACAGUUUCGAGCGCCAGCUUCCCUGACUUGGAUGAGGCCAGCGACGAGGACACGGCUGAACUCACAUCCGGGGUCUUCACUGACUUCCCAGUUGAUUGUACCGAGCGGCAGGACGUCAUAGUCACCCUCAAGUCCUUGCAGAAGCAGGUGGAGACCCCUGACUCGCUGGAGUCGCUGGACAUCCCCUCCACCACCAGCUCCUGCGAGGCGUUCAGCCCCACAGCCUACGUGCCCUCGAGCCAGCCUAAAGCCUUAGACAGCGGCUACGACACAGAGAACUACGAGUCGCCUGAAUUUGUCCUGAAGGAGCCUCACGAGCCACGGGAGCCCGAGGCCUUCACCCAGCUAGAAAAGGCACCAGACGGCCCCGAGGGCCCAGCCAAACAGCUGAGCCUCUCCAACUCCUUCAGCGCUGAGCUGCAGGGCUUAGACGAGAAGAACCCUUACCGUGACUCGGCCUACUUCUCCGACUACGAUACUGAAGGGGGGACUCGGGAGGACGGGGAAGGGGACAGUGAUGGUUCUGAGGGGCACGAGCCAGAGCUCCCCCAGGCGGACAGAGAGUUGGGGAAGGACCCCGACCAAAAUAGUGCAGGCGAGUCUCGGCCUACUUUCCUUGAGCCCACUUGCCCACAGGAAGACGCCAUGGGGUGUACCUUUCCUCCAGCGACUAGCGGCCAGGGCACGGGGACAAGCCUGUCACAAGAGCUGGUAGUGAAUGGAGUCACUGUUGCUGAGCUGGACUCAUCCAGAGGCAAGAGUGAUGGGGCUGCUGCCGUGCCCCAGGUGCCGUCCCCCGCCACCAGGUCCUUUUUCUUGUCGCCUGUGGUUGUGAGUCCCGAUGUGCCGAAUGGGGCUUGCGAGGGAGAUGCGGGGUCGGGGAGCAGUGCAGUGGCAAGGGCAGCAGAGGAACCUGGGGAAGGGCAGGAACGAUGCUGCCAUGGCGAGCAGCCCCAGAGCGGCCCUGGGCUCUCGCUGGACCUUUCAGCGGCACCCUCUCGGCAUCCAUCUGUCCCCGCCGACCUUGAGGAAGAGGAGGACGACACGGAGGACAGCGAUGAGUCAGACGAGGAGCUGCGGUGCUACAACAUCCAGGACCAGAGUGAGGAGAGCGAGGAGGAGCUGCCCACUGUGCCCAUUGUGGUGGCCGAGAGCCACAGUGCCCGCAACCUGCGCAGCCUGCUCAAGAUGCCCAGCCUGCUGGUGGAGACCUUCUGCGAUGACCUGGAACGCAAGAAGAAAGCGGUCUCCUUCAUCGAAGAUGUCACCGUCUACCUCUUUGACCAGGAAAGCCCCACGAAGGAACUGGCAGAGCAUCCUUUCCCGGGAGUAACAGAACCUCCUGUGGCACCACCUGUGCAUAAGGACAGCAACGGUUCCCCAAGCCCAGCAGAGAGAACAGAUGCACCCAGCAGUUCCUCGGAAGGGAGCACCUCUGAAGAGAGUAAGGGUGGUGGUUUUGAGUGGGAAGAUGACUUCCCCCUUAUGCCAGUGAAAGCAUCCGUCAUGCCAUCGUUGACGUCAGUGGCACCUGAGCCUGCCCUCCCCGGACUGCCACCCACACUCGUGCCAGCUCAGAAGCAGGUGCUACCCAUCCAGUUUUCACGCUUCACAGUCUCACCUGCCCCCGUGUCGAGGUUCUCCAUCACACACGUCACUGAUUCGGGCGCCGGGUCUGUAGGAGGAAGCAGUGAAAACAGAGGCGACAGAGAAUGAGCUUAGCCAUGGGCUCGAUUUUGGACUUGCCACCUUGCCCCCUACAGCAUCCGUUUCUGCAUUGGGGCUAAGGAGUAAGGAUGGAGGCCCAGAACUUGGGUGGAACAGAGGACUCCACGGUGGUGGUGGUGGGGCCUCACUCUUACUAUAUAUAUAUUUUUCUUUUUUUAAGAGGCGGAUUUUAUUGGACAGUUCUUGACUGCUGCUAGGCUGGAGAUGCCCCACAGCGUGGCGAUUUUGUGACAAGCGUGUGGAUGUGAGGGUGUGUGUGUGUGUGUGUGUGUGUGUGUGUGUGCGAGGGUGUGUAUAUGUACAGAUAGACAUAUAGACAUAUAGAACCUAUAGCAUUUAAAGGGUAGAGCUGUGACCUCGCUAACAUCGCUGCCCCCUCCACCCAAGCCAUUUUGAUACCCUCCUCCUCCCUCUCCAGCUCAUGUCUCUUGGAUGUUUCGACCCACAUUGGCUUCCCAAAUUGGGGCACUGCCUUGAGAUCACCACCACCUUUUCUUCCUGCUGCCUGUUCUUGUAAGCUUCUCAUGUGUGCUUUCCAAGCCCAGCACGGAAUAGAGAGCGAAAGCGAGAGAGCACAUAGCCUUGCACCGUGUGUCAUUCAGAGAUGCUUAAAUUUGGCCCUUGAAAGCUGAGUACGCCUUCCUUCUCUCUUUUGUGACUGCAAGUCACUUCUUGUCCCCCUCCCUCUACACCUGGCUGUGUCGGGUGUAGCCUGCUGUUCGGCUGUGCAUCAAAUAAGGGGAGAGGCGAGAGAAUGGAUGGUAGGGAAACUCAAGUGGCACGUAGGGGAGCUAGACGAGGUUAAGGUGGCAAUUUCAUUUGUGGGAUGGGCUCAGUAGCCGUCUUCCCUUUCCACAGUGUGUUUCUGCUGCCCCUCCUUUCCCCAUGUAUAGAUUCUGCAGCUACUGCUGGCCCCUUUACCAUCUGUUCAGCUGCACCACCACUGGAGCACUUAGUGGUACAGGAGCUGUGCCUUAAUGGCCUUUGGUGCAUCCUUUCUCCAUCCUCGCCUUGGGGAAAGCAGCCUCCCUGCCUGUUAGGAAGUCUCCCUGCCUGUUAGGAAGUGGCAGGAAAAGAAAGGGGAUGUGCAGGAAAUGCAAAGUUAACUUAAAAAACAAAACAAAACCCUACAAGCCCCCAACACACAAGCUGUAGAACCUUCCUAUUUUCCCUGCCCCAGUAUUGUUUAGGUGGAGGCUUUCUGGGGUGCCAAGCUGUGUCCCGCCAGCAAGAGGGUAGGGUGGGAUUGUGUCAAAAUGCCAACCUUGGUGGUGGUGGAGAGACUUCCAACUCCCCUUCGCAAUUCCUAGAGUAACUUAACAUACAGGAGGAGACUCCUGACGAGAUGUGUAGCAAAAGCAGGUCAAACGGCUGCCAGGACUAUUUUUGUAUAAAAUUUACCCUACGCUAUAUCACCUGCCCUAACAGAGCGGCAGAUUUAAGUUAUUGUUGCCAAAGAGAUGUAAAGAGUUAACUUUUAUCAAGGUUUCUUGGGGAUGGGGUGGAUAGGGUGGGGGAAAGGAUUGGAAGGAGGGAACCAGGGGGGGGGAGAGAGAGCAUCGUGGCUGCUUUCUUUUGUUUUUGGUUUAAAUCUUUUAUCAGUUUAAAUCUUAGGAUAAUUGUGCAAUUUGGAUCGGAAAAAAAAGGAAAAGUAACGAGGGGGUCCACACUCGGGAGUUGUGGCCUUUUGGGGCUAUAGACCAAACACAGAUGCUGGAAAUCAAGGGUGCAGGUAGUAGCUGCUAACAACCGUAUUUCCUUUGUGAACCAUUUCCAAAUAGGGGCUAGAGGACAGCCAUGACCACAGUAGCCCGAGACAGCAGCAAAACAUGCUUUUCUUAAGAGGGCUUUUUGUUCUUUCACGUCUCUGGCUGUUUCUCUUGACAUCAAGACCGAUGACUCUUCUCUUCUUUUUAGCUCCACAAGGGGCAUAAUGCACUCCUAAGAGCAGGAGGAAAGCACUUGCUGGAUCAGGCCAGUGGCCCAUCUAGUCCAACACCCUGUUCUUACAGUGGCCAACUAGAUGCCCAUGGGAAGCCCAUAGGGCAGGGCUUGAGUACAGCAGUGAUCCCCCACUGGUUAUACUGCAUCUGAUGGUGGAGCCAGGGCAUAGCCAUGGUGGCUAGUAAAGGUAAAGUGACCCCUGACCGUUAGGUCCAGUCGCGGAUGACUCUGGGGUUGCAGCACUCAUCUUGCUUUAUUGGCUGAGAGAACUGGUGUACAGCUUCCGGGUCAUGUGGUCAGCAUGACUAAGCCGCUUCUGGUGAACCAGAGCAGCGCACGGAAACACCGUUUACCUUCCCACCAGAGUGGUACCUAUUUAUCUACUUGCACUUUGACGUGCUUUCGAACUGCUAGGUGGGCAGGAGCAGGGACCAAGCAACAGGAGCUCGCCCCGUCACAGGGAUUCGAACCGCCGACCUUCUUAUUGGCAAGCCCUAGGCUCUGUGGUUUAGAACACAGCGCGUCCCUAUGGUGGCUAGUAGCCACCGAUAACCCCAAUCUCCAUGAAUUUAAUCUCAUCUUCUUUUAAAGCCAUCCAGAUUUGUGGCCGUCACUGCCCCUUGUGGGAGCAAGUGCCAUAGUCUUUAACGCUGCUGUGAGACAAAGUACUUCUUUUUGUCUGUUCUGAAUCUUGCAAAAUUCAGCUUCAUUCUCAAAUUCUAGUAUUAUGAGAGGAGGGGAAAAACCUCUCCCUAUCUGCUUUCUUCACACCAUGCCCAUGCAUAAUUUUACGUACCUCUUCUAUUAUAUAUCCUAGAAUUGUAGAGUUGGAAGGGACCUUCGGGAUCAUCUAGUCCAAGCCCUCGUAAUGCAGGAAUAUGCAGCUGCCCCAUACGGGGAUCGAACCUGCAACCUUGGCAUGAUCAGCACCAUGCUGUAACCAGCUGAGCUACCCAAGCUGAUCUAAUAUCUCACCUCUUGUUCAUUCCCUACCCCCCCCCCACCAAAGCAUUAAUUUAUAUACACGCACAAUUCCCCCACUAUUCAUCUUAUCGGAUGGUGCUCUUGGUUUCCAAUAGAGGUGGGGGUGGCUUUAAGAUCCCCCUUCUUCUCAUCUCCUUCCAACCUACUCCCCACACACCAGUUUUAGCCAGCUGGGAAUCAGUGAAGCUGCAUUCUUAAGCAGAGUUAUAAACUUUGGUGGAGCUUAACAUUUUAAGUGAAUAAUACUUAAGAGUCCUGCUGAUGGUUGCUUGAUUCUUCACAUUCUGGGCACCAGCCAGCACAUCAAGAAGUGUGUUUGAAGCAAUAGUUUUGUCUCUCCGUACCCUCCUUCCCCUGGAAGCCAGAAUAUUGUUAUGUGUGUGGCAUUCCUUGCUGGGAACUGUUGCUUACUUGGUCUUUGUGAGAUCUGCUUUCCUUGUUGAAAGAGCUGCCGGGCAUGGAAAGUUAGCCAUGCUCUAUUCACAGCCUCCUUGCAUGCUGAGGUCAAAUACACAUAUUUAGUCCCUCUUCUACUGCAGACCAGCAUAUACACGAUGCUUGCAGUUAUUUCCUUGCUGCUGCUGUAGUCCCUAAACACCAAUGAAUAGCCCUGGACUUAGGAAGUAGCAGUGUUCUUGUCCGGCUUUUCUUCACUAAAGUUUGCAUUAAGCCUGGGUAGGUGACAGAGAUAGCAUUGCUGUUGACUCAGUUCCCUCUCCUUGUGACAACCAGAAAACUGCUGCUUAAGCUUGUUCUCCUGGUUGGGGCUGCCAGACUUCAUGGCAUUCACAGUCAGGUGUUUGCCGUUUGAUCUUGCUCGAACAGCUGAAUCUGUGAUGCCACACACACGUCUGGCCUGUGUGGCACUGAAGCCAACUGGGAAGAGAACUCCGAAGGAAAUCAUGAACUGGAGGAGGAGCCAGAAAAUAAGCAGUUCUAGCAUUGAUGCCUGGAUAUACCAGAGCAGGGGCAGCAGGUCUGACCCAGGAAGAACUGCAAAGACCACAGCAGCACAUUUUCUUUCCUGCCCAGUUUCAUUUGGCUGCUGCAACUCAUUCCCCCGUGAGUUGUGCUUCACCAGCACAUGCCUGUUCCCAGGAGCCAGAGAGGACAGAGUGCAAAAGGGACUUCUGCAACUUCUGUUUUCUGCAUUUUGCCAAGUGAUAUCUGGCUUUGCUACAUCAGCCACACACGGACAAGAGCUUCUACCCCUUCUUAUUUGAGCAGAAUGAGAAGCUGCUUCCAGUGGCUAAAAGUGGAAACCCAAAAUGGGAACCUCAAGGCUGGGGGAAAAGGGUCCCUCUCCCACCCUGCAAAAAAGAAAGAGUGGUUUGUUAGCUGUUAACCUCUCCAACCAGAACGUCGCAGCUUCAAGAAUCCAAGUCCGACCAAAUCCUGCUGAAUGAAUGAUUUCCAAAGCUGUAAAAUGGCUGUGUCCCAUGGCUUUGGGCGGAUAUUUAUGCAAGAUAUCCAUCUGUCUCCAUAUCAGAAUGACAGUGUUCCCAGGAAGUAGCAUCCACUUUGGAUAUGGUCCAUCCUGGCACGAGUGCAGCUGUGAGCAGCUGGCGGGAUUGCCAUAGGGGCUCAGUGGAAUUCUCUCUCUUUCCCCUCGUUGCUGCAUCAGAGCACACUAGCCAUUAACUAGAACAGGAGGAAUCCAGGGCACUUCACAGUCCAGGAAUUUGCACUAGAAUUUGUUUGACAAUGCAACAGAAUUCCAGGUUGGACCCUGUGUUAGAGAACGAAGGUUUGAUGCAGAAACAGAAGCAGCUUUUACCUCUUGUGCUGGAUAACAGCCAGACCUCUGCAGUUCACGUGCAUCUUGGAGGGGAACAGGAGGAGAGCUCUGUUAGGCUCCGUGGCAGUCUCUCUGCAUGUGCACAGCUGUGCAGAGGGAUCAUGCCCUUCCCAGUUGCUCUUCAUUUGGGCAUGGAAGGAAGACAACUGAGAACCAUGUAUAAGCGGUUCUACUGGGUAGAGACACGAAGCCACUCAGGCAAAAGGGGACGGGGUGUACUUUUUGCCACACACUAUGGCCAGGAUUCCACUCUCUACCCAAUAGUUACUCGGGCAAAAAAGAGAAGCAGGGAAUGCCAUGAAUGUUAGUAAUGUGCCCAAAACUACUGAUGGACCAAGGAUUUUGGCCUCUGUGGUUCCAGUCAAUUCAUUGUGGGUAUAAUUUGAGGUGGACCACGCACAAAUUGCUCCAGUAUCUUCUCACCACCUGCAAGCAUUCCUGCUAGAGUUUUACCAGCAGAGCUGGAAGCAACCAACUGCCACCGUGCAAGAUGUGUGGGAAGAACAAAAGAACUGUCAUUGGUUACCCCUUCAUCUUAAUUUCUUUCUGGCUCAGGAAUUAUCCGGAGCUGGAGCCAACUGCAAGUGGGCAAGGUGGAGAAAGCCUGCUUUCUUACAGUGCCAGCUGCUUUGGUUUGCGAAGCAUACAUUUCUAGCACCUGUGCCAACAUAUAUUGGUGGCUAGGAGCCAGGCUGUGCUAUUUGCACCAUUAUAAAGUUGAGUUUGCUAUAAAGCCAGCACAGUUGGGUUUCUGCAUUUGGAUUAGUGAUGCUUCCGCACUAUUGAGUUUAUUCUGGAAUGGCCAUUCUUCGUCCACUCACUUUACAGGGCAAUCACAUGACAUUGCAGUCAAAUUAUUCCCCUCUGCUCUUCUGCUUUUCACAAUGUUUCUUUGAUUUUGUUUUGGGAGAAUCUGAUGUAAGAAGAAAUGGAACAGCAGCACAGGGUUAAGCCACCUUGGUGCUGCCCUUAUGUUCCCGGCUCCCUCCUCCUCCUCCUCCUACGAGAUCUGCUUUUGACAUGUGCAGUGGGGCUCCCAGCAACUGAACCCUAUCGCUUUACCUCAACUGGGGCAUUCUUUCAUUAUUACCUUUUCAACCGGUGCCAUUUGAGCGGUGUACAUUUAAAAACAACAACAAAGCGUUUGAAUGCCUUUUCACAUUAAAAUAAAAUAUUUGCACAACAGCGCUUCCGUGAAAAGAGCAUUUUAGCCCAAAUUUAAAUGUUGGUGAUAAAAUUAAAUACCGUUAAAGGGGUUCAUUAGCUUCACUGUUAGCCGCCCACCCACAUGGCUAUGUUAAGCCCAUUGUUGUGAAUAGAGCAUGGCAGGAUGUACAUGCACACAUAGAAUUGGGGGAAAGCCUGUUGCAAUUCUGCAUGUAGCACAUGGCAAAAGGGUAAUGACUGGGUAGCAAUAAUAGCCCACAGUCUGAAAGCACCGUUAGCUGUGCGGUCCUAUCUAUGCAUGUCUACUCAGGGUAAGUCCCACUGCGUUCAGUAGGACUUACUCCCAGGUAAGUGUGUAAAGGAUUGCUGCUUAAGAGUACAUUAUUUAUCAUGUGGCCUCUUAUAGCAUCAGGAAUAACCAACAUUUGUUUUUAUUUAAACAGCUAUCCUUCCAUCCCUUGUGGCUUUUGAAGCCCCAUCCAUUCAUACUACAUGCAUGGAAAGCAAGUAGGUUGUUGCCAAAUGCAAGAUUCUCCCUGGCACCAUGGGAAUGUGAGUUAAGUCUACUAACCAUCCAUCCACGCUGGUGUGCCUUUUCAAAUUGCCCUUGCCACACCCUGGUGAGUACAACCAGGGCUUUAUGUGUACUGCCAUUCAGUGGAAACGUGUUUCGGUUUUUUUGUUUUUAAGGCCACAGAAUACAAUACUUGCUGCAGAAUGUGGUUUCGUAAGAACCUCUUCUUUCACUUGGAAAGAAAAGCAAGUUUCUAGCCAUUAUGAUUGCAAGAGGCUACUGGUUCCCUGGUGAGGUUGAGUUGCUGCUGCUGCUGCAAGGCUUCAAGAACCCCUUUCCCUGCCACGAAAGGGCAGGGAAGCAGAAUACAGGCAGCAUCAGGCAGAUCUUGCAAAUUUGCUUGAUAUAUGUAAUAUAUAGUCUAUGUAGCUUGUCAUACACAGCCCUCUUUCUAUCAGUUUAGGGUGGAAGGUGACUGGUCCAGCUUACCAUGAGGCUCGAGUUUCAUUUUGGGCUUUAUUGUGCUUCCCAACCUUAUUGUUUCCUGGCCUCGGUUUUUCCAGUCUGUAAGUGUUAAUGGGAGGCCGGUCCCAGCAGAGCUAAUAGUUGGCAAACCAGGCUUACUGUGUAAGCUGUAGAGGCAGCUAAGGGUGACUCCCAAGUGCUUGUGAUGGACUCCUUUGUUCUGCUCUUCCUGCCGAGCAACAUUUGCUCCGAAGAUCAUCCACGGCCAAUAGUGAGACAACACACACUUCUUACCAUAUUCCUACAAGGGCACCUUGCAUAUUUAUUUAUUUAUUUAAGUUCCGUUUAAAUUGUUUCUUUUUCUUUUUUUUAAAAAAAACACCUCUUAAGCUGUUUACAUAAAAUACAAAACGUAUGUUGAAAGUUAUGAUCGGUAAAAGUCAGGAACGAGAAGUAAGGAUUACCAGAAGUGGAGGGGAAAGGUACCAUUUCCAGUGUUCAGGGUUUCUGUGCUUAUGCCACUCUAUAGGACCAGCAGCAGAAUAAAUUAUGCAAAGUAAACAAAUUGUGAAAAUUUGCACGAUUUAUAUAGGAUGCAGAAUUUACCUCUCUUUUUUUUUACAGUAUUUUAAAGCGUGUCGUGCAUGGACUGCCUUAGUGAGCAAGGAGGGCAUAGCAAGAGACCUUCACCCAGAUGCUUGUAAAACAGAAUGAGCCUGCUGACACUUUACAGCAGUUUUAAUUUCAGCAUUUGUCCAGCCUCCCCUUCCUCUGUGAGAAGCAGAUGUGGCUCAGAACAGAUUUAUUUAUUUUUUACUAUGAGAGAGCAGUGCUUAAGUGCCUACAGACCAAGCACAUGAGGCCAUGAAACCUCUUUACUUUUGAGGAAGCUGCCUACCACCAAUGCUGACUUUGGGUGAUGGAAAUACUGUAAAACAGCAUUUGCUCCAGAGCUGUGCAGCUUUUCUUUUUCUAACCCCCUGAGACAGGUUAAUCUAGACCAGGUAUCCCCAAACUUCGGCCCUCCAGGUGUUUUAGACUACAAUUCCCAUCUUCCCCGACCACUGGUCCUGUUAGCUAGGGAUCAUGCGAGUUGUAGGCCAAAACAUCUGGAGGGCUGCAGUUUGGGGGUGCCUGAUCUAGAUGCAAUAUCCAGAGCAAAAGUCAGUAGUGGGCAGAAGACUACAAAAAAAACCCAACCAACCAGUCCCUUUAUCCACAUGGGUGCAAUAUGCCUCUUAUGUAAUGAGAAGAGUAGCUUUCGUUCCAACAGGGCUGAGUGCUGUUAUUCUCCAACUGGGAGAAAUUUGAAUUGGAGGAACAGCAGCCACGGGUAGAAAUGGUAUUCCUCCCAGCAUUGAGGUACAAAACUCCAGGCGAUUCCACGAGGAAAGGUAGGCUUUAUAGACUGCUGAACAUGACUGGCAUCUAGGCAGUGCUAUUUGCAUGGGCCCCAUUUUCACCUGAUAAACUCUGUAUAAUUACUCCACAUUUCCCGCCGUAGGCAGCUGUCAGGCACGGCACGGGUGCAACUGGGCAUACACAGCUUGCGGUGGUGGUAUUAACAUGGGCUGUUUUUGAGUGGGGUUUCUAUCCGUUACACUUUGGUUCCUUCCACAUUCGGUGAAAUGGGAGAGUAGAAGAUUCACAGGCACAAUGAGUUCCGCGGAGCGCAGCAUUGAGGAUGGGAGUGUUGCUAAGUGGCUAUAGCGCAGUUUGGCCUCCAAGCCGCGUUCCUUUUUUCACUGCAUUUGAACAAGAAACGCUUAAGGGUGUGUGUGUGGUCUAUAGCAUCAAAAUGCAUUCAGCACCUGAGAAGCCGCAUGAAGACAGAGCUAGAGAGCUAUGUUUUUGAUUGUGCUGGUUUUUGUUUUUU